AUGGCGGCGGGCCGCGGGUGGAGGCGGCGGGCGCUGCGGCUGCUGACGGCGGGCGGCGGCGUGCUGCUCACCCGCUUCCCCUUCUGGCACUGCUUCAGCGGGCUGCUGCUGUGCGCCGAGCGCGCCGACCUGCGCCGGAAGCCGGACAUCCCGGUGCCCUACCUGUACGUGGACAUGGGCGUGGCCGUGCUCUGUGCCAGCUUCAUGUCCUUCGGGGUCAAGCGGCGCUGGUUCGCCCUGGGCGCCGCCCUGCAGCUGGCAGUGGCCACCUACGCUGCCCACGUCGGGGGGCACGUGCACUACGGAGACUGGCUCAAGGUGAGGAUGUACUCGCGCACCAUCGCCAUCAUCGGCGGGUUCCUGAUCCUGGCCAGCGGCGCCGGGGAGCUGUACCGGCAGAAACCCCGCAGCCGCUCCCUGCAGUCCACGGGCCAGGUGUUCCUGGGCAUCUACCUCAUCUGCCAGGCCUACUCCCUGCAGCACAGCACCGAGGACCGCCUGGCCUACCUGGACCACCUGCUGGGGGGUGAGCUGGCCCUGCAGCUGCUCUUCCUGCUCUACGGGCUGCUGGCCCUGGCCUUCCUCUCGGGUUACUACGUGAGGACGGCAGCCCAGGUGCUGGCCGUGCUGCUGCCCCUGGCCAUCCUCCUCAUCGACGGCAACCUGGGCUACUGGCACGCGCUGCGCCGCGUCGAGUUCUGGAACCAGAUGAAGCUCAUCGGCCAGAACGUGGGCAUCUUCGGGGCCGUGGUCAUCCUGGCCACUGAUGGAUGACGGGGUGAAGGCUGGGAGGGUUUUUUUAAGGAGCAACGCUAUUUAUUUGUUGGUUUUUUUUUUUGUUGUUUUUUUUUUUUUUUUCUUGGGUGGGGUUUUUUUUUUUGUUUUUGUAAAUAUUUGAUAAUUUUGGCGGAGGAUGGGAUGGGAUGGGAGAGGGCUUCUGCCACUGUGUGGUCAGGGUGCCUCUCUCUGCUGAGGGGUGUCACUGCUCCACCCCCCAAAAAAAAAAAAAGUAUUUUUACUGAUGCACUGAGAAAUGUUUAAUGUCUCACCCCAGGGGGGAUCAGCUUUGGG